ACUUCCUGCUCCUCCUUCCUUCCAGCCCAGGUUAGCUUCAGAGUUAGCCUGCGAGUCCGCGCUCCGGGUGAGGAGGACUACCGGGGUCAGGUAGAGACAUCUGACGGUCAGGAGGAGGUGCGAUGUCCCGUGCCAUGUCCACCGGAGACCAGGAGGAGGUGAGACGGCCUCUUCUCACCGGAGACCACCUGGAUUCAAGCGGGCUGGACUCUGAAGGUGAAAUAAUUUUCGACAGGACGAGACCGAACGAGCUCGACGAAGCUGCGACCAAAAAGCUGUCGUAUGAGGAAGCCGUGGAGCGAGCAGGUUUCGGGCGCUUCCACUGGCUGCUGCUGCUGGUGUGCGGCUGGGCCAACGCCAGCGACGCCGUGGAGAUCCUGUGCGUGUCCUUCCUGCUGCCGACGGCGCGCUGCGACCUGCGGCUGAGCUCCUCGGACAUGGGCCUGCUCACCGCCAGCAUCUUCCUCGGUCGAGAGCAGCGACAUUAAU